GCUAAGAGGUGCCAAGGCGAGUGCCGCAGACGUAGUUGCUACCUAGGUACAUACAUAAUAAAUAACUCAAAUGGAACGACUAAUUAAGCUGGGAGUUCUUCAACCCACAUCCUUGCAACGUCACCGGCGGCUUUUAUAUGCCCACAAUCUCUGACAUAUCCAGGCCACAUUAAGACCACAUUGGAGAACCCCUACUUGGUUGUUGAAUUGUUACUUGAAAUCCCCAGCUUUGCGGGCUAAGAAGAUAUGGCAACUAACAUCACCUGGCACCCGUCGCUGUCGCGGCACGAGCGCAACCAGCUGCGCGGCCAGCGGGGGUUCACCAUCUGGUUCACGGGCCUGUCGGCGUCGGGCAAGUCGACCGUCGCCACGGCCCUCGAGCAGCACCUGCUGCACCUCGGCCUGGCCGCGUACCGGCUCGACGGCGACAACGUGCGCUUCGGCCUGAACAAGGACCUGGGAUUCUCGGAGAAGGACCGCAACGAGAACAUCCGGCGCAUUGCUGAGGUGGCCAAGCUCUUCGCCGACUCCUCCACCAUCGCCCUGACCUCCUUCAUCUCGCCGUACCGCGCCGACCGCGCCGUGGCGCGCGAGCUGCACGCGAAGGCGUCCCCCGCCGCCGACGACUCGAUCCCCUUUGUCGAGGUGUUCGUCGACAUCCCCGUCGAGGUGGCCGAGCAGCGGGAUCCAAAGGGCCUGUACAAGAAGGCCCGCGCCGGCGAGAUCAAGGAGUUCACCGGCAUCUCGGCCCCCUACGAGGCGCCCGAGGCGCCCGAGGUCACCAUCCACACCGACCGGGAGAGCGUCGAGGAGUGCGUCGUCAAGAUCGUCGCGUACCUGGCCGAGAAGGGGUUGGUGGAGCGGACGAAGGAGGUGAAAUAGAGCAGAGGAAGAGUAACACAAAUGAUAUGAACAGGUGCAUAGCGGAUAUAGAAAAACCCUGUGAAUAGAAUUUUGUAUCUGGCGCCUGAGCGAAUGAUCCCCUAACUUGUCAGGGCUGAGACAUAUACAAUAUGCCUGUAUGGGGAGCUGGCGGACACCUUGGCCCAAUCCAUCCCUUGAAACUUUCCAAAGUAAUCUGCUUCGAAAGUAAUCUGCCCGCAAGGAUCUACUACUAUGGGAUUUCAAUCUCAUAAUACACGUAGGCGGUGUACUCGGCGCCCUCGCCUCCCAGCCCCUGGGCAGCCAUCUCGGACGUCAGGGAGGCGUCGUCCUUGGUGACGCGACCCCGUUUGUCCC